AUGCCCGAGCUAGCGGAGGUUUCGCGCAUCGUCCACUUCAUACGCCACCAUCUGGUCGGCAAGACUCUGACAAAAGUGUCUGCGCAGCAUGAUGAUAUCGUCUACGGCAAAGUCGGAACUACUGCCGCCGAAUUUCAGAAGGCAAUGGAAGGAAAGAAGGUCGUUGGCGCCGGUCAGCAGGGCAAGUAUUUCUGGAUCACCAUGUCGACGCCGCCCCAUGCGGUGAUGCAUUUUGGCAUGGCUGGCUGGCUUAAGAUCCGGGAUGCCGACACAUACUACUAUCGUACCGACAAACCAGAGGACAAAGAAUGGCCGCCCAAGUACUGGAAGUUCUUGUUGGAAACUGACGGUGAUCCGAAGACAGAGGCGGCCUUUGUGGAUCCUCGUCGUCUUGCUCGCAUACGGCUCGUCGAUUGUCCUGCCGAGGAGAUUCGCAAGCACAGCCCAUUGAAAGAGAAUGGCCCGGAUCCGGUUGCUGAUAAAGAUACCGUCACAGAGGAGUGGCUGGCAAAGAAAGUGAGGAGCAAGAAGGUUCCUGUCAAGGCUCUUCUGCUCGAUCAGGCGAACAUUAGCGGAAUUGGGAACUGGAUGGGUGAUGAAAUCUUGUAUCACGCAAAGAUACACCCAGAGCAGUAUAGCAACACCCUGAAUGAUGACCAGAUCAAGGAGCUCCACACCGCUAUGCACUAUGUCUGCUCGACAUCAGUGGAACUGCUAGCCGACUCCGAAAAGUUUCCGGAGCAUUGGUUGUUCAAGCAUCGAUGGAGUAAGGGCAAGAAGAAUGUCCCAUCUGUCCUGCCCAACGGAGAGAAGAUCACUUUCCUCACCGUGGGCGGUAGAACAAGUGCUGUGGUUCCCAGCGUACAGAAGAAGACUGGUCCAGUGGCAAAAGAAGUUGACAGCGAUAGCGGCAGCAACUCGAAGCGAAAGAGAGACCCAGUCGUGAAGAAAGAGGAUGAAGCACCAGUGAGCGAAGACGAAUCUAAGUCAAGAAAAGCUAGCUCCAAGAGAGGAAACAAAAAAGCCAUCAAAACCGAAGACGAGGAGGAAUCCAAGGCGUCGGAAUCGACAACCACAGCCAGACGGCGCUCAACAAGGGCGAGGAAGUGA